GGGAAAGUGAAGAGAGAAGACAGGGAGACUGGGAGAGAUGGCAAUACCAUGGAGCAUGAAUCUUUGGAUGGCCGAGAUCGUCUGGAUGGUUCUCACCGGCUGGGUCACCUCUUGCUUGACUGCUGCUGAUGAGCUCGCCGCCUCCCUCAGAACCGGAGACGUCGGCCCUUUCAAUGUCGGCUGA